AUGCAGAAUGGCCCGCACGGCGGCGGCACCACCGUGACAGCCGCCUCAACCAGCGCCGCCGGCGCCUCGAGCAGCGCGGCCUCAACGAGCACGGUUAAACCACCCCACACUACAAUCCGCCUUUCGACCGCCAGUCUGCGGGGGGAGAGCAAGUUCUACACGAUGCACUACGUGCAGGGCAACAGUGUCGCUACCGAGGUCCUCAGGAACCCCGAGAACGAGGCGGCCCUGCAAGCAAGGCGGGCAAAGGGAAAAGCUAAGAAAGCGAAGAAGGCAGCGAAGAAAGAGCCCGACAGGGUCGCUGAAUUGGCUGCCGUCGAGGCUGCGAAGAAGAAGAAGGGAGGUAAGUAA